GGGCCUCUGGCAUUAAAGUCUCCUACUUUGCUUCCCUUUCCCUUUUCACACACACACACACUCAAAGACCUUACGUAUUUCUAUCACCCCAUUAAUUAUUCUCCUCUCCCCUCUCCCAAUGCCCCACACACUUUAUUUUUUUAUCAUCUUGUCUAAAAUUCAGAUCUAACUGAGGCUUUAAAUUUUGGAAAAAAGCCUCGUUAGAUCUUCAGAAACAAGAGUCAUUGAUUUCAGUACAUAUGGCUCCACUUCCACAUUCAUGCAGCUUUACUAAGGUACUUUUAGUACUCUAUCUUGUUUUUGUGUUACUCACUCUGUCAUUCUUUUCUGCAUAUAGUGAGGUCCAACCCCAGAAUAAUGUUAGUAGCAGAAGAAUGUUGGAACUAGAAAAUGAGUCAAAGCCAAUUAAGAAGAAAACAAAUCCAACUUCACUUUCAGCUUCCAAGAACCAAACCAAACUUAUUAAAUCCUCCAAUACUUCUUCCAAGAAUCAAACCAAGCAAAUCAAGACUUCUUCUUUUUCUAGCUUUGGUUCAACCAAGAACCAAACCAAGAAUAAAAGCAAGCUUGUCAACCCCAGCUCCAAUUCUACUCCAACCAUUACCAAUUCACAGAAACUUUCAUUCAAAUCCCAGCUCCAGAAGGUCAAUCCCACUUCCUCCAAGCCCUCAAUUUCAACCAAAAUCAGUUCCUCCACCACCAAGAAAUCCUCAGAUCUAACCAAAAUCAGCUCAAGCUCUUCUCCCAAGAACAAAACAACCAAAGCCACUAAACCCCAAUUAGAAAAAGACACCAGUGGGUCCAAGUCCAAAUCCAAAACUCCAACUAAAAACCAGCCCAUUGACAAAACGACCAAAGCCAUUAAAACCCAAUUAGGAAAAGACAUCAGUGAGCCAAAAUCCAAACCCAAAACCCCUAUUAGUAAAAGCCAGCCUACAGACAAAAAACCCAAGACACAACAGACAGCCCAAAAAAAUUCACAGUACAGCUGGGUUGAAGAUGAUGAAGAUGAUUUAAUUUCGGGAUUCAGAGAUUUACCCUCCAAAUUCCAAGAAACCCUUUUGCCAGAUUUUGAAAGAAUUUCAAAGACCUCUAAAGUUUACCUCAACAAAGCAAACAAAGAAAUAACAAAGAACUUCAAGCCCUAUAUCGGAAACAAAUAUGCAUCAACAAUUGCCUCUAUUAUCUCAUUUGCAUUCAUCUUGAUCCCUUUACUACUUGUUUCUCUCAUUUUCAAUAAAAUCAAAGCCUAUUUCUCUCUCCAAAAGCUCUUAAUCUUCAUCCAAGUUUACCUCUCCAUUUACUUCUCAAUUCUCUUUUUUUCCUCUUUGGUCACUGGCUUAGAACCUUUGAAGUUUUUCUAUGCUACUGCUCAGUCCACUUACAUUUGCUUACAAGUAUUGCAAACUCUUGCUUAUGUGUUGUACCUAUUGAUGCUGCUAAUGUAUCUGAUCUUAGUGUUUUCCACUGAGACUGGGCCCACCACCAAGCUUAUUGGGCUGGCCCAAACAAUUGUGGGCUUUGCUGUUGGGCUUCAUUAUUACAUGACGGUGUUUCAUAGGGCUGUGCUCCAUCAACCACCGAAGACUAGCUGGAGGGUUCAUGCCAUUUAUGCUGCAUUCUUCCUUGUCAUUUGCCUGGCAACUACUGCUGAUAGAAGGAAAAAGGCUUAUUUAGUACAAGGUGGUGAGGUUGAGAAAAAGAGCUAAAGUUUUUUAUUCACCUUUUUUUUCUUCUUUCUUUUUUCCUUAAUCAUCUAUAGUCAGAUGGCAAAAACGAAAAAAGAAAGAUUUUUGUCGUCCAAUAUUUUAUCUUUUUUUUUUUUUUUUUUGGUUAUAGAUAUAUGUCUUGCAAUUUGUCAUUUGUUGAAAUGUUAUUAAUAAUUGAUGGAAUCAAAUUUAUGCAAUUAUCCAGA